AUGUCAAAUACUCAUCCUGGCUCCAAAUCGCCCGUCGGCAAGGCACGCGGAGCCAACCGCUCGACCAAGGUUGCCGGCAAGCUCAAGGACAAGGCCCCACAGACCCCCGCGCCCCCACGGGCGAAGGAGGACGCGGGUGAAGGGUCGGGCACGCUCGCCGACAGCGAAGAGGAGGAGGCCGAGGAGGAGGAAGACGAGCCCGACGUCGAGGUGUACAACCAAAUCGACCUCAUCCCGGCGGGGACCGCGCGCCGGGACGCGCUGCGGCUCACGAAAAAGAAAGCCAAGUCCCUUCCGCGCGUGACGGCGUACGCGACCGCGAGCUCGUACCGUCUCCCGGAGCUCCUCAAGUUCUUCAACGCCCGCCGGGGCUCGUACCGCACCAACCCCCGAACCAUAGUGGACGUGAUCUACACCCCGUACGUCUACGAACCCCCGCCGGCCUCGCACGCCCCCGCCACACAGGCCCGCGUGCACUUCCAGGACCCGUCUUCCCGCCAGGCGACCACCACCGGCGACCUCCUCGGGGUCCCCGAGCUCGCGCCCGGCGUGUCCGACUCGGAAGUAGCGGACCAACAGAACGGAAAGGGCAGGCGGAAGAGCAAGUUCUCGGAGACACCCACCGAGGCCGAGAUCUUCAUUUUUGAGUACGGCACUGUCGUCAUCUGGGGCAUGACUGAGCAGCAAGAACGGCGUUUCCUGUCCUCGCUAAAACGGUUCGAGGUCGACCGAGUAGCACCCCAUGAACUUGAGAUGGAAGACCUCAACUUCUACUACGCGAGCUACAGCCGGACAAAACUUUCGCUCUCGCACGCACUGUCACAAUCCGUAAAGAUUUCCCUCUUCGAGAACCUAAUAGCGAACACCAUAGAAGAGACCAAAGACAUCCCCGAGAUCAUCAGCGAGACCGGCAAGAUCAACAUGAGCCACAAGGAGAUCAUGAAGAAGAUCGGCGAGCUCUUCCUCCUCCGCACCAACAUCAACUCCGUCGGCUCCGUCCUCGACUCACCCGAGGUCUUCUGGACGUAUCCGGACCUGCAGCCGCUCUACGACGCCGCGCGCUCGUACCUCGAGAUCCCACAGCGGAUCGACCUGCUCAACGCGCGCGUCGAGAUCCUGCAGGACAUGCUCCAGCUCCUCAAGGAGACCGUCACCAGCCGGCACGCGGAGCGCCUCGAGCAGAUCGUCAUCGCGCUCAUCGCCGUCGAGAUCGUUCUCGGCAUCAUCACCAUCCUGGUCGACCUCUUUUCGUAG